CCUUCUUGCUAACUUCUGCUAGGUGGCUACAGUUUACUAAAAGCAGUUAAAUGUUUUGAAAGCGUGUGCGCGCGGCAGCUUCUGCCGCUGUUUACGUCGGUCACGUGCUGCUCCACGGCACGUCGGCGUUUGCUGACGGGACACUCUCGCUUCCUCUUUCCGCGGGACGGGUCUGUCGCUCCCGGCGCUGGGAGGAGGAUGUGACCCGGCCGCCUCAGUGUGGACAGCAGCAGCUGCAGCGAUGGGGGCUGGAGGCAGGGCCGCGGCUCUCUGCCUCCUGACGCUCGGCUUGACUUUCCACGUGACCGCUCUCAAAUCGCAGCUUUUCGCCCGGUUUGGCGGCUCCUCUUCGUCCGGCGACAGCAACAUUAGCUAUGAAACUCUGUACUUUGUCCAGAAGAUUGAUCAUUUUGGAUUCCUAGAGGACGGUACGUUCAAACAGAGGUACCUCGUGGCAAACAAACACUGGAAGCAGCCCGGGGGACCCAUUUUGUUCUACACCGGCAAUGAAGGCGACAUCACCUGGUUCUGCAACAACACUGGCUUCAUGUGGGAGAUUGCGGAGGAACUGGGAGCCAUGCUGGUUUUUGCAGAACAUCGAUACUAUGGGGAAUCUCUGCCAUUUGGACAAGAGUCCUACAGCGACAGCAAACACCUGAACUACCUGACCUCGGAGCAGGCCCUGGCUGACUUUGCAGUGCUGAUUCAGAGCCUGAAGAGCACCUUAGCUGGGGCUCAGCACAGCCCGGUCAUCGCUGUUGGAGGUUCCUAUGGAGGGAUGCUGGCUGCCUGGUUCAGGAUGAAAUACCCUCAUGUAGUUGUUGGAGCUCUGGCCGCCUCUGCACCAAUAUGGCAGUUUCCUGGUUUGGUGCCAUGUGGAGACUUCUACAAAAUAGUAACGCAGGACUUUGCCAAAAGUGGACACAACUGUGACGCGAACAUUAGGAAUUCAUGGAAGGCCAUUAACAACGUCACCUCCACUGCGUCUGGUCUCCAGUGGCUGUCGGAGGAGUUCAGCUUGUGCGCUCCUCUUAAGAGCCCAGUCGACAUCAUCGUCUUCAAGAGCUGGCUUCAGGAGACCUGGGUAAACCUGGCCAUGGUGGACUACCCCUACGAGGCUAACUUCCUGCAGCCACUGCCUCCCUGGCCCAUCCAGGUGGUGUGCAAGUUUCUUGCUUUUGACUCCGCCGUGUCCGACCACCAGCUGCUCCGGGGCGUCUCCCGAGCAGCCAAGGUUUACUACAACUACACCGGAAGCGCUUCCUGCCUCAACACCUCCCAGACGGCCACCGGCAGCCUGGGCUUCCUGGGCUGGUUCUACCAGGCCUGUACGGAGAUGGUGAUGCCCAUGUGCACGGACGGCGUGCAGGACAUGUUCGAGCCCGAGCAGUGGAACUUCCAGGCCUUCUCCGACGAGUGUCACGCCAUGUUCGGCGUGCGGCCGCGAGCCGACUGGGCCGGCGCCGUCUACGGGGGGAAGGAUAUCGCCUCCCACAGCAACAUCAUAUUCAGUAACGGCGGCCUCGAUCCGUGGUCGUCCGGCGGAGUGACUCGCAACCUCACAGGGACUCUGGUCUCCAUCCUGAUUCCCGACGGGGCCCAUCACCUGGACCUCCGCUACAGCAACGCCCGGGACCCUGCUUCGGUCCGAGCAGCCCGGCAGUUAGAGGUGAAGCACUUCCAGCAGUGGAUCAAGACGGCGUCGACGCCCGGUCUCUAAGAGCAGCUGGAACUUCCAGCCUUCAGCUCUAACUCCAUUACACAGGGUGCUUUCGUUGCCGCGGUGCCAAAGUUUGUCCUCGAUGGACAACUUGUGAUUUUAACUGUGUGAAUUCACAUUUGCGAACGGAGACGUGCUCAGUUCUGCAGGCGACACUCCAUUUAUUUUAUGCCAAACUAUAAAUUUCCAAAGAUCUGAGGAGAGAGAAGUGCAGCGAUGUCCUAUGAGCAGUAAUGAAGUGUGUUUCCCACUGAUUGCAGCGCCGUCCUUUAAACGUCUGUUUACUCGUCAAAUCGCUGUCUUCAAACGACCGACCCGUCCUCGCUUUGUUUCCUGUGUCUGUCGGAACCGGCCGCCGCGUCUUCAGUCACUCUUUAAAAGCCACGCUUGUUCUUUCAGAAUCCAUGUGUGCUGUAAUGUGCGUUUUUAACACUGAAAUGCGUCUCAGGAGAAAUGUUUGGCACCAAAUUGAACAAGAUUUGUUUUGCGUGUUCUAUUAAACUUGAUUUGUUUUUCACAGACGAA